UAUUGAAACUCUCAUACCUGAGGUGGUAAAAACUUUCACUCGAACUGAAACAAAUGCAGCCACACUUUAUGGCACUGGAGUUUCCUGUGAGUCGGGGAGUGCGCACAGAGAAUCCGAGCAGUACAGUACAUAGGAAAUGACUCAUAGGAGUGGAGCUGUUAGCGUGGGUGUGUGCGCGCUAUUAAAACAAGGCGCAGACUCCUCCGUAUGACUCACUCUGAUGCUCGCUUUUCCAUGCUGAAAACCAGCACGGACUGUUAAUCAGAUGAACUUUCGGGAAUUGUGUGGCCGACAGCGAGCAGCUUUCCCUCCGCAGACAUCAUGGCUUUAAACGCUCUUUGCGCGCUCUGCGGACUUAUUAUUGCGGCGGUGACCACUUUCCAUGGUGUGAGCGCGCAGAAAAGUCCGUGUCGGAGCUCGGAGUUUUGGAGCUCAGACUAUGAUGGUUGCUUGCCCUGUGAAUCAUGCAAGCAGUACCCGAAAACCCCGUCCUGCAACACAUGCAAAUCAGUGGAUGAGACGCCUGACGUGUGGAAACUGGCAGCAAUCACCAGCUUCUCAGUACUGGCUGUGGUGCUGGUCAGCGCUGCACUGAUCAUCGGGGUCAUGGUGCAUCGACGCAAGUCGCACAAACGGCCUUUACGUGAACCCAUCGAAGAAACUGCGGGGCCACUUUAUCAAGCUUAAACCACUCACCUCAUCUUCCUCUGAAAACUGAUGUAACAGAACCAAGGAGCCACUGGUUACAAGCCGGGAGGAGGCAACCUCUGAACGACGAACCGUGUACUCUGACCGCAGGGUAUACCUCGACCAGAAAUGGACCCUUUUUAAUUUUUUUAUUUAUUAGACUGGUUGGUGAAGAGAUAAGCUCAGUUCUCAUGCUUGGUGUAGGUCCAGUGGUUAAGACAGGACUUGCAAUGAGCAAAUCUCACACCUCUGUAGGUAUAUUAACAGCAUUAUACUAGUGGUAUCAUCUUUUAGAACUUGUGUGCCUUCAUAUUCCACUCCGUUGAGAUUUUGAUCUGUAUCAUUGGGGGGGGUUAGGCAGGUUUGACUGAGAAUUAACCGCAAAACUAGAGUCUGUACGCCUGCAUUGCGUUGUGCUGUUUUCAGCAGGACUCCAGUGAAUGUAACACAGCUACAUCCGCCAGCUGGGCCACAGUUUGAUCCCCCCUGCCGUUCAGCGGGGUAACACAGGGCCUCUCUGCUGGUCAUUUACCACAACAGCCUCUGAAAGAUAGAUCACAUGUGAGUAACACAUACUGUUUGGCACAUUAAGGCCAUAUGAAUGUAGCUACCUUUUUAAAAAUCUUUUUAGGUGAAUUGUACUCCAACCUUUGUUCCUGCCAGUACCUGUUCUUGUAGUUGCCUGACGCAGUGAGAACGCUGUUGAGUAAAGGAGCAAACUGUACUCAUGCACUGUUACUGGGUCUCCUGAGACCAACACAGACCAUUUAUUGCAGGUCUCUAAAAUAUUGUCUUGUCUGUU